AAGCUACGGGCUCGCAAAGGCUCAGAAUCCGCAUGGGCACGUGUGACUCAGGCUGAGGGGCGCAAUGCAGGACUUUGCCCGCAGAGCAGGGAGGUGCUUCCGGGGGCCAAUCCCUGCGAGGCAGUUUCAACACUCCCUUCCCAGGCGGGCCUGCAGCCUGUUUGUAAAAAGCGUGUGCAGGGGCCAAGGCUAGGGCGGCUGGGACGGCAGCCUGGCACCCCCCCCCGCCGCUUCCGAGCCACCCGGAGGCCAGCGCCCAGAGGAGCCGAGCAGGAGAGCGAGGCUGCGGCUGUGGGCGCUGUGCAGACUCGCUCAGGGCAGAGGGCGGAGGGAGGAGGCAGGGGGGAGGCGCUGGGAGCGGAGGCCCCACCUUUCAUUCCAGCAAAGUGCACCCGCGGAGCAGGGAUGAGUCACAGGCGCGGGCGCUCGGGUUCCCACAGGUGAGGGGCUGCCUCGCUCCGGACCACGCAGGUGCCCGCUCGGGAGUGGCCUGGCAGGGGGCUGCAGCCCUCCGUCUGCCCGUCUGGCCUGGGGGCCAGGGCUGGGCUUCCUCAUGUAUGGCCGGAGCCUCCCGCGCGCGGCGCUGCUCCUGCUGGGCAUACAGCUCACAGCUCUUGGGCCCGGAGCCGCCGUGGAAAUUUACACGUCCCGGGUGCUGGAGGCUGUGAACGGCACGGACGUCCGGCUGAAGUGCACUUUCUCCAGCUUCGCCCCCGUGGGCGAUGCCCUGACCGUGACCUGGAAUUUCCGCCCCCAGGAUGGGGGCUCUGAGCAGUUUGUUUUCUACUACCACAUGCACCCCUUCCAACCCAUGAGCGGACGGUUCAAGGACCGGGUGUUCUGGGACGGGAACCCUGAGCGGUAUGACGCCUCCAUCAUGCUCUGGAAGCUGCGGUUCGACGACAACGGGACGUACACCUGCCAGGUGAAGAACCCGCCCGACGUGGACGGGCUCGUCGGGGAGGUCCGGCUCAGCGUCGUGCAGACCGUGCGCUUCUCCGAGAUGUACUUCCUGGCCCUGGCCAUUGGCUCCGCCUGCGCCCUGAUGGUCAUCAUAGUGAUCGGGGUGGUCCUCUUCCAGCAUUUCCGCAAACGGCGGUGGGCCGCGAGGGCCCACAAGGUGGUGGAGAUCACACCAAAAGAAGAAGAAAGACUCAACCAAGAGAAGAAGGUCGCGGUUUACCUGGAAGACACAGACUAACGUUCCUCAACGAAGAACGUGAGGCCGUCUCUUCACUUCAUGGCAAGCUCUGUGAAAACCUUACCUCUUCAUCGUCCCAGAGAAGGGACAAACAUCAGUGUCUUCCCGCCCCCUCAUGCUGUAAUGGUUUAAUCCAGCGGUUCUCAACCUUCCUAAUGCCGCGACCCUUUAAUACAGCUC